UGGCUUUUCCUCUAUCACAACCCUCAAACUUCACAUCACUACCUUCUCUUCUUAAAUAUUCUCCUCUCCUUCCAUAUAUAAAUACAUACUUCCUUGCCAUUAAUCUACUCUUAAGUCUUAUCCCAUCUCCUAAGACUCACAAACCCCUCAUGCAAUGACCAUUAACUGCAUGAUCAUGAGCGAGACUUCUACGCCUCAGCCGGCGAGCAAUAACAACAGACACAAAGACGACCAAAAGAAGUCACUAGUCUUUGAUGCAACCGUGCUACAACACGAAUCAAGCAUACCGCCACAAUUUGUAUGGCCCGACCACGAGAAGCCUAAUUGCUCCCACACACCGGAACUUCAAGUUCCGUUUGUCGACCUAGGUGGCUUUCUCUCCGGCGACCAUGAUGCCUCCAUUCGAGCGUCUGAGCUCGUGGGUGAGGCGUGUCGGAAGCAUGGUUUCUUUCUAGUGGUGAACCACGGUGUCGAUGCUAAUCUCAUUUCAGACGCUCAUCAUUACAUGGACUGCUUCUUCGAGCAACCCCUCCAUGAGAAGCAAAGGGCUCAAAGGAAGCUUGGUGAGCAUUGUGGUUAUGCUAGUAGCUUCACCGGCCGGUUCUCCUCUAAGCUUCCAUGGAAGGAAACUCUUUCCUUCGAAUACUCUGCACAAGAGGGCUCAUCACACAUUGUGGAAGAGUAUUUCCAGAGAACAUUGGGUCAAGAUUUUGCACACUUAGGGAAAGUGUAUCAAGAAUAUUGCAGUGCCAUGAGCAGACUCUCUCUAGGGAUCAUGGAACUAUUGGCAAUGAGCCUGGGGGUGAACCGCAGCCAUUUCAAAGAAUUCUUUGAAGAAAAUGAGUCGAUAAUGAGACUGAACUACUAUCCACCGUGCCAAAAGCCAGACCAGACCUUAGGCACCGGCCCUCAUUGUGAUCCGACAUCACUAACAAUCCUUCAUCAAGACACGGUCGGUGGACUCCAAGUGUUUGUCGACAACGAGUGGCGAUCAAUCACUCCAAAUAUCAACGCGUUCGUUGUGAACAUCGGGGACACCUUCAUGGCACUUUCAAAUGGGAGGUACAAAAGUUGUUUGCACAGGGCAGUGGUGAACAGCAUGAGUCCUAGGAAAUCUCUUGCUUUCUUUCUUUGUCCCAGGAAGGAUAAGGUGGUGAGCCCACCACCUGAAUUGGUGGACUCCGUUAAUCCUAGAAUAUAUCCCGACUUUAGAUGGCCAGCCCUGCUCGAGUUUACACAGAAGCAUUAUAGAGCUGAUAUGAACACUCUUCAGACAUUCUCAAAUUGGCUGUUGCAACAACAACAACAACAGAAAACAGCUGUAGUCUUGUGAUUAUUAGUUUGUCAAUCGUAUGUUGUCUUAAAGAUUAAUCAAACUUAAUUUCCUUAGUUUA